AUGCGUGCAAAACAUGAAUAUAAAAUCGUUUCAAGUAUUCAACAUCUUGUAUGUUGUCGAUCAGAUAUUGUUAUACAUCGUACAGAUACAAACAAAGUAUUUUAUAUUGGUAAACCGGCUGACUUUGCACGAAAAGAAGAGGAAUAUAUGUUAGAAACUGAAACUUAUCAAGAAAUUAUAGAUGGUUGUUGUCCUCUGGCUAAUAAUCUACAUGCUGUACAAACUAUACUCACUCAUCUUUUAACACAAAAAGCUUUAAUGAAACAACAAUCUAAUAGAAUAUCUCCAAAAUUAAACAAUUUAGAGGGUGUGGUGUGAGUGUAGGUGUGGAUGUGGAUCUGAGUGUGGGUGUGGGCAUUGAUAUCAUUGAAGAGAAUGCAAAAAACAACAUUCAGAACAGACAGCUCAUACCCACAUCCACACCCGCACCCCCUUCCGUACAUGUCGUUCAGUUUAUUUUGAAACAAAAUAGAAUGAUUCUCAUUCUUUUAUUUUUAUACAUUUAUUGUAAUAGAUGUUCGAUAUGUAACCCAUGAGCAUAGUAAAUUAAUCUACAACGCUUUGGCCAAUUCUCCAAAGCAUGGUAGAUUACAUCCUGUUCAAGAUUUUCCCACUCCUGUUUGAUAGCAUUUUUCAACCCAUUUAAUGUUGACACCUUGUGUUUUCUUACCUGUUCUUUCAAAAUACACCAAAUCGAGUAGUCCAUCGGAGCAGCGUCUGGACUCUUAGGUAACCACUCUGCAGGUGUAAUAACUUGGAUUUUCUUUUCUUUCAUAUAACUAACUGUCCCUUUUGCUGUAUGACCUGGUGCACUGUCUUGAUGAAGAAUCAUUUUCUUUCGUGU